AUGACAACACCCAACACAAGCCAGACGGCCAUGUCAGAAUUGGCAGAACUCAAACAGCAAAGGGCCUCAACCAAAGCGAGUAUCAGUAGGAUUAAAGGGUUGAUCGAAACCCACAUAAAGGGGACUGGAAAAUUAUUGUCACAGCCGGAAUUAAAAUGUAGGCAAGGUAUCCUAGAUUCUUACUUUAAACAGGUCUUAUCAUUUCAGACAUCAAUUGAGAAACUAGAUGCUACCGAUACGUGCAGAGCUGACUUAGAGGAGCUUUAUAUUUCAACAAAAAUUUCCAUAUCUUCGCAGCUGAAUGAUGAAGCUAAUAAUUCUACAAUGAUGGACAACACAGCAUUGAUACCUCCUGUGAGUAAGAAGUUGCCGCAUUUGAAAUUACCCACGUUCAGUGGUAAGUACUCCGAAUACAAGAACUUCAUCAAUUCUUUCGUCCAAAUUAUUGAUCGAGAAGCGUGUCUAACCAACAUCGAAAAAUUUAACCAUUUACGAAAUUGUCUAACGGGCCAAGCAUUAGAAACAGUGCAGGCAUUCCCCAUUUGUAAUGAAAAUUAUCCGAAGGCUUUAGAGCGACUUAAAACACGGUAUGACAACAGUACGCUGAUUUUCUUAGAAAACAUUACAGCUUUAUUUGAUUUGCCAGUGGUUUCGGAUCAGUCUAGCCACCAACUUCGCAGCCUAAUCGAUAAUGUGUCUGCACUGUACGGUUCACUCUGCACGUUAGGCUCUGAAAAACAAAUAUGUGAGGCAAUACUCAUUUCAUUGGUAAUGCAGAGGGUGGAUGAAACUACACGUAGGAAAUGGAAGGAGGCGCUAUCUCUCACCACUCUACCUAGUUGGAACGACUGUUCAGCACUGCUUGACAGACAUUGUCAGUUUCUAGAAUCUCUCGAUCACAAGCCAUACAACCAUCUAUCGGUACAUCGUAAAGCCAACAAUAUUAAGGCCAAACCCAUCAAUCGUCCUAACCAGUAUUCGUUCGCUACAGCUACUUCCACCCAGUCCUGCUUACUUUGUUCAAGUCAUGAACAUUUAGUGCAGAAAUGCCCUCGUUUUAAAACUAUGGAAGUUAACCAAAGAUUUGAGAAGGCGAAAUGUUUGAAACUCUGCAUUAACUGUCUAUCGCCCCGGCAUCGAGUGGCCAAUUGCACAUCAUCAUUCAAAUGCCGAAUAUGCGCAAAGUCACAUCACACACUCUUGCACCAAUCCAAUAGCAAUGACCAGGUUUCGGAUUCACUAAAUACCACAAGGCAAACUCUGUUGCCCAAUAACAAUGUUAUCAGUCACUCUCAUCUUGAUAUGUCUUCAAAUGAACAAAUAAUUUUAGCUACGGCGCUGGUUUUGGUGAAAGAUUCAGUUGGAGGUUAUCAAGUGGGGAGAGCGUUACUCGAUUCGUGCUCGCAGGUUAAUUUUAUAACAGAGGAAUUCUCAAAAAAUCUUAAUUUGGUCAAAUACAAGCGACCGGUACAUGUGGCAAGUAUAGGCAGCACAUUUGCUAAUAUAAAGCAUCAAACAUCCACUAUCGUAAAGUCACGUCAUUCAAAUCUUGAGCUGGAUCUCAACUUCUGCGUUACUCCUCAUAUUGCUUACCAGCCAAGCUCAGAAAUUGAUGUAUCAUCAUGGAACCUCCCGCCGAAUACUUCACUCGCAGAUGAACUAUUUUUUAAAUCCAAACGUAUCGAUCUCUUACUAGGCACAGAAAGCUUCUUUGACAUUUUAUCCAUCGGUCAAAUUAAAUUGGGUGCGAAUCUUCCAGUCCUGCAAAAAACAUUGUUUGGAUGGGUGGUAUCCGGUAGAUGUCAAGGUGUUCUCGAUAAUCCCACAGUUGCAAACUGCCUAAUGUCACUAGAUGAUACCGUAUCUAAACAACUAGAAAUGAUGUGGAAGAUAGAGGAAGUACAAUCAGCUGAAAAAUCGUGGUCACCAGAGCAAUCGAAGUGCGAGACCUCCUAUCAAGAAACAGUUCGACAAGCUAUGGACGGAAGAAUUGUAGUUCGAUUACCAUUUAAGGAACCACCAACCACCCUCGGUCUGACACACAGCAUUGCCUUGCGUCGACUUCUAGGUAUAGAACGACGCUUAUCAUCCAAUCCUGCAUUAAAACGCGAUUACUGGGAGUUCAUGAAACAAUAUCUGGAGUUAGGGCAUAUGACGCGCGUCGAAGAUCCCAAAUUGAACGAACCGCAUUACUAUAUCCCUCACCAUUGUGUUCUGAAGCCUUCCAGCACGUCAACAAAGUUGAGAGUAGUUUUUGACGCAUCAUGUCCAACCUCAUCUAGUCGUGCGCUAAAUGACAUUUUGCUGGUAGGCCCUACCAUUCAGCCGGAACUAUAUCUGCUCCUUCUUCAGUUUCGCUUAUACCGUUAUGCUCUGACAGCCGACAUCGUAAAGAUGUUCCGACAAAUUUUGGUGGAUAAAGGAGAUCGACGGUUUCAAUAUAUCCUCUGGAGAGACACAGAUGCGGAGCCUGUUAGUACUUACGAACUCAAUACUGUCACUUAUGGCACAGCAUCGGCGCCGUUUUUAUCAACUAGAAGUUUACAAUAUUUGGCCGAUAAAUAUAAAGACAAAUACCCAUUAGGCUCUCCACUUCUUAAAUCGUCAUUUUUUGUGGAUGAUUUUAUUGGCGGAGCCGACUCCAGUGAAGAACUUGUCGAAAUUAAACAUCAACUGACUGCAAUUCUGAAGGAAGGUUGUUUUGAAUUGGAUAAAUGGCAUUCUAAUCAUGUGGAUUUUGUAAGCGACACUACAACGAAGAGUUGGGAUCUGGGUUCGGAUACGAUCACUAGCGCAUUGGGCAUCAAAUGGCAUCAACUUCAUGAUGUGUUUCUAUUUUCGUUCAACGUCCCGAUUAGUCGUACGGUAACAAAACGUUCUAUUCUAUCACUGGCCUCAUCACUGUUCGAUCCUCUUGGGUUACUCGCUCCACUUGUACUUGUUUCAAAAAUUAUUAUGCAAGAACUCUGGCUGCUUCGUUUGAAUUGGGAUGAGUCAGUACCUCAAGCUCUUCACUCUGCAUGGGAAACGUUCGUUCAAGACCUCCAUACACUUUCGUCUAUGAAGAUACCGCGAUUUUGCCUAACAAUAGGCCCUCAACAAGUAGACAUCCACGGAUUUUGUGAUGCCUCAAUAAGAGCAUAUGGAUGUUGCAUUUAUCUUCGUUCUCAGGAUAAGUCAGGUAACGUGACAGUCAAACUAUUUACUGCAAAAUCCCGCGUAGCUCCGAUAAAGAGGAAAUCGUUGCCUAAGUUAGAGUUAUGUGGUGCGUUACUACUUGCCAGGUUAUUACAAAAAAUUCAGCCGACACUCGCUCACCUCGAAGGAGAAACAUUUUUUUGGACGGAUUCCCAAAUAGUUCUGCAUUGGUUGAAACAACAUUCCUCGACUCUAUCUGCCUUUGUAGGCAACCGUGUGGCUGAAAUCCAAGAUAUAACUCGCGCUGGUCAGUGGCAGCACAUAUCUACAAAAAUUAAUCCAGCUGAUAUUGUUUCUCGUGGUUGUACCAAUCGCCAACUAACGGAGUCUACGUGGUUCACUGGACCAGAAUUUUUAUUACGUGAAAGAAAACAUUGGCCUCAACCAGAACAUAGCAAUUUAGAUAUGGAAGUAGUCAAUAAGGAAAGAAGGAAACUUGCGUUUACUCAGGUAACUAAAGAAAAUUAUUUGCUGACAGUUAUAUCAAGGUAUGGCUCCUAUGCUAAAAUACUACGAAUAGUAGCGCAACUACAUCGAUUCCAUCAGUUAACCAAGUAUAAAGAGAAAGCUGACGUAGAGGUCAUUCAACCUAUGCAAUUACAAAAAGCACUGCAUUGCAUUGUUUGGAUUAUCCAAAAUCAUUUUUUUUCUCAGGAUAUACAAGGCCUACAGCGAGGUAAUCCAGUGGAAGGGUCACUCAAGCACCUAAACCCAUUCUUGGAGGAAGCGUCAGGUUAUCAACUCUUAAAGGUAGGAGGGCGUCUCGCACUUAGUGACAUUGCCAUGGGUCAGCGACAUCCGAUUCUACUGCCUAAAGGCUGUUAUUUUGUGGAAUUGUACGUUCGGCAUCUUCAUCUGAGCAACUAUCAUGCAGGAGCCAAGGCAUUAAUCGCCCUUACUCGACUUAAGUUUUGGAUACUAAACAUUCGCGAUAUUGCGCGUCGAACGGUUCGGUCUUGCAUUCACUGCGUGCGUUACAAACCGAAAUUGCUUGGUCAAAUAAUGGGUAACCUCCCUAUUGAACGCGUCACUCCCAGUAGGCCAUUCGCUCGUACAGCAGUAGAUUUUUGUGGGCCAGUAUUAACGUAUCUUGGUAUUCGGGGAAAAACCCCAUUCAAAACGUAUAUAGCUAUCUUCGUCUGCUUAUCAACAAAGGCGGCACACAUCGAGGCAGUGUCAGAUUUAACUACGGACGCCUUUAUCGCAGCACUAAAAAGAUUGAUCGGCAGAAGGGGACUGCCAUCAGAUAUCUACUGCGAUAAUGCAACAAAUUUUGUUGGUGCUAGCAACAAGCUGGCUGACUUGAAAAACUUUUUAUUUAAUAAAACUAACCAAUCUAAUUUGCAGACUUUUUGCACCAAUCAAUUUAUCAACUUCAAUUUUAUACCGCCUAGGACGCCUCACUUCGGUGGGCUAUGGGAGGCGGCUGUGAAAAGUGCUAAGGGCCAUCUGAACCGAACCCUUGCAAACACUCGUCUUACGUUUGAGGAACUUGGAACAGUACUAAUUGAAAUCGAGGCCAUACUUAAUUCGAGACCAAUAUCACCGCUGUCUUGCGAUCCAAGCGACUAUGAUGCAUUGACACCAGCACAUUUUCUUAUCGGCGGCCCACUUAAGACAUUACCGGAACCAACAUCUCAGUAUGAUAAAUUGCCACUAGCAGAUAAGUGGGUCCGUGUGAAGGCUGUAAAACAUCAUUUCUGGCGCCGAUGGGCUCGAGAUUAUCUAAACGAGCUGCAGACACGUACCAAAUGGACAAAGGAACAAUCAAACGUCAGCAAUGGAACAUUAGUAAUAAUCCACGAGGAUAAUAUGCCCCCACAACGUUGGCUGAUGGGAAGAAUCAUUCACUGUGUAAAUGGUCCAGAUAAGCAUAUUCGCGUAGUCGAUCUGCAGACAUCCAAAGGAGUCAUCCGUCGACCAAUCCACAAACUUGCACUAUUGCCAGCUUGA